AUGCCGCCAAAAAAAUCUAAGAAUGAUUCUAAGGUGCCUAAAACAGACUCUAAACAGUUAAAGAAAUACAAUUUUCAUGAUAACUUUAACAAUUUACUGACUAAUUUUUCAAAACAAUUCUUCAAACCCCAACCAGAAACUUUAAUUAGAGAUCAAAUAGUUGUAAUAGAAAAGUUCUUCAGUACUGAACUCUGCAAUGAAUUAAUCAAGUCAUUUGAAAGCUCAUCUGAAUUGAGGAUGGAAACAACCCCUUUAAUUAAAAGCAAAGAUUACGCCGCUAGGUUUAAUGACAGGGGUUUUAGUGUUGAUUUUGCUGCUUCAAGAAACUUGUGGUCAUAUUUACAAAAGAUAUUAUUACAAGAAUCUGAAUACGAAGAUGAUGAUGAAGAUGGUAUAAGGCUGGUAUUCAAUGAUGCAAUAGGUCUAAAUUCACAAUUAAGAAUAUAUAGGUAUAGGAAAGGGCACCAUUUUGGAAAGCACUAUGAUGAAUCCGUGAUCUGUCCUUUAUCGGAAGAUAAAAGUAAUCAAAAAGGAAUUACAAAAUGGACAUUGCUCAUAUAUUUAACAGGAGACGACGAGUUUAGAGGUGGAGGUACAAUAUUUUAUCCCGACUACUCUAGUUCUGAACAUUUAAACAUUCAUCCUAGUAAAGGAAUGGCGUUGUUGCACAAACAUGGUGAUGACUGUUUAAAACAUGAAGCAGAGAUUGUUAAAGACGGUACUAAAUGGGUUUUAAGAAGCGACGUAAUCUAUCCAUUAUAA